GGCAUCCCCUCGCCCAUGCAGCACAUGACAGCCCAGUCUGCGUUUCAAGCGUACCAGCCUAACCCUAUGUAUAGGGCGGCGGGAAUCGGCAAUCAGAGCCCACGGCCUGGAGGUUCUACCAGACUGAAUGCCGGAACUCAUCAAGGAUCAUAUCCGACUCAACCGGUGGGUCUUGGCCACGAAGUCAUGGCAGAUUCAAGAGACUCGCGAAGGGGUGCUUCAGCAAGCGCGUCAAGGCAUGAGAACCAACCAGCCCCGUCAUUUGGAGCAGCAGAAGGGACACAUCAACAAGCCAGACAAGCCGGUAAACAACGGAGGCUCAGUGUGAGCUCUGCUAAAGAGCUCAGGACAGAGGCUUCAGAGGGCUCGUCGGUGCACUCUCCUCGAGACAGUACGAUAUUAGUCACUCCGGGAAAGAAAACAACAAGAGACAGGUGUCUCGCCUCACUAUUGAAGGGUCAAUCGUCGGGAGUGGAGCAGAUCCUCAUGCCUGUGUACAAGGAACAGCUUUUGGGUGAUAGCUUGGCACACCACUACGUGUGGUCUCCGGCCAAAGGGUCCAGUGGUGGAAUGGCUCUGUUGAUUCAUAGAGAUUUAAAGGUGGAAAUAGUUGAUCACUAUGCCGAUCUAUGGGGCCGUUGGGCGUGGGUAAAGAUGAAGGUGGAACAGGUGGACUGGGCCAUUGCUAUUGUGUAUGUCCCUGUAAAAAGGAAGGAACGCGAGAUAUUUAUGAGGGACCUCCCUUACAACCUACCUAACGUGGACAACAUUAUGGUAGGGGAUUGGAACCAGUCAGUGGAUGAUGACAGGGCACGGAGUAGAAGCUCAGCUACAGCGAGUAUCCCGGUAAUAGAUUUCAUGACAGACUUCCAGCUCACUGACCCCUUUAGACUUAUGCACCCACUGGACGAUGGGUUCACAUGGUUUACUCUUGAAGGAAAAGGGAGACGACUAGAUUACUUCUUGGUAUGCGAAGCAGGUCUAGCUGCCUUGUCUAGAAUAAGUUAUUCUCAGCACCCCCUUUCGGAACACAGUCCAAUCACAGCAGAACUCCAACUAGGAGAACCACAGGAACUAGGCAAGGGGUACUUCCGUCUGAACACUGAGUUGCUCGCUGAUCCCAAACUGAAACAAUGGGUAGAGAACUUUUGGGUUAGAUGGUCAGCCAGAAAGGAGCGGUUUGCCUCGCUGGCGGACUGGUGGGAGGUGGGCUCAAAGAUGAUAUCGAAGCUCUUGAGUGUCUUCUCCAGAGUGCUUGCAUUUGAGAGGAAUAAGCAGGACAGACGUUACCAAAGAAGAGUGGAGUACGCACAGGAGAGAAUGAGGGCUCACCCGAUUUCAGCUUUAACGUGGGGAAAAGAGAGGGCCGAAAGACUCGAAGAAUGGAAAUGCAGACAGCAGGAAAGGGCAGAAAUCUGGUCUGAGCGCCUAAAAGUGAAGGGCAUCGUGGUCUAUGAUAGGAUGUCAAAGGAAUCGUUCCAGCGGCUUCUACCCAGAAGAUCAGCGCAGCUAAUGCAGGAGCUGGCUCAUCCCUUUGGUGAUACAGAACCCAGGGCUAGGAAGCCUGCGGAGCUCUGUGACUAUGCAGCCUGUUACUAUAAGGACAUACUCACAUCCAGAAGGAUAGGAGAGGGAGUGGACUCCAAUUUAGUGGAAGGCUCUGACCACUGUCACAAUUUGUCGGCACGAUUACCGCCACAUGGACGCCUGGACCUCGAUAGGCCAAUUACGAUGGAGGAAGAACUAGCCACUCUGAGCACAAUGGCAAAAGGGAAAGCCCCUGGCGAUGAUGGCCUCCCGGUGGAAUUUUAUGCCACCUUCUGGUCAACAUUCGGAAACGACCUGGUGGAGAUCUACAACGAAAUCUUGAUGGAGGGGCAACUGCCAACGAGCGCCUGCAGUCUUGUGGAGGAGGAGAAGCGGGAGGAGCACGAGGACGAACGGGAGAAGGAGCGGCAGGAGGAACGGGGGAAAGAGCAUGGGAAGCAGCGGGAGAGGAGGAGGAGAGGGAGGAGCAGCAGGAGAACAAGCGGGAGCGGGGCUAUGGAGGGAUUUUUGUUCCGUUGUUUGGCGGAGAAGGAGCGGGAGGGGGAGGAGGAGCAGGAGGAGGAGGAGUGGGAAGAGCGGGAGAAGGAGCGAGAGGAGGCAUGGGAGAAGGAGCGGGGAAGGAGCGGGAGCGGGGUUGUGGUGCGGGAAGAGGAGCGGGAGGAGGGGGAGGAGGAACGGGGGGAAAAGCAGGAGACGCAGCGGAAGGAGGACGAGCAGCGGGAGGAGCUGGAGGAGCAGCAACAGAGGGAGUGGGAAAAGGAGAGGGAGGAGGAGCGGGAGAAGGAGCGGGAGCAGGUCUAUGGCGGGAUCUUUGUCAUGUUGUUUGGUGGAGGAGCGGAAGGAGAAGGAAGAGGGGGAGGAGGAGCGGGAGGAGGAGGGGGAGAAGGAGGGGGAGGGGAUUGGGGAUGGGGUUGCAUCUCACAACCCCUUGCUCCAUACUCUCCUUCUCAUUUUGCACAUUCGAAGGCUGCUCAGUUCAUGCACACAUGAAACUGUUGAAGUGGCCCUGCCUGCGCGCAUGCGCGCGUGU